CUCCUCAAGGCGGGCAAGAACUGCAAGUCGCACGACAAGUACCUCGGCCACUUCGACGAUCUCGCCGCGUGCGCCUCCGCGUGCGAGUGGGAGGAGGACUGCGCCUUCUUCGAGUACGGCACCGGCGACAAGGUGGGCGAGUGCUACGCCAAGUGGACUGCGUCCGACUGCAAGGAGGGGUGGGAGUACGCGCCGUAUAACUUUUACGCGCUCACGCAGACAAAGGGCGCCUUCACCGUCUCCAUCUCGCCCACGAUGGGGGACCCCGACCUGUACAUCUCCAAGGGGCGCACGCAGCCGACCGAGGAGGAGCACGGCUGGCGCGCCGUCUCGCCCGGCGCUGGCGCCAUCCGGGUCGACUCGGGCGACCCUGACUGGUGCGGCUUCUGCACGUACACGAUCGGCGUGCUCACGCCGCAGACCGCCUCGGCCUACUCCGUCGUCGCCUCCACCGGCGCCAAGGGCACCGUGCUCGAGGACUCCAAGCCGAUGCUGCGCGUGAUCCCCGCCGGCGACGGCGAGAACUACCGCCUCUACGUGCCCGGGCAGGGGGAGCAGCGCGGCCUCGUCUCGAUCACCGUCUCGGCCACCGCCAUCUCCGGGGGCGUGCGGCUGUUUGCAAACACCACCGGCUGGCCCAACGCGACGCACCACCAGUGGGCGUCCGACCCGUCGCAGCCGGCCGAGGCGGGCGCCGGCGCACGGCUGCACCUCGACGACGAGUGGCCCUUCUACCUCCGCGAGUGCGUCUCCAGCUCGCCCAACUGCGUCCUCUACUUGCGCGCCGAGGCGGUCGGCACAACCGACGCCUCGAUCUCGAUUGUCGCACAGAUCGAGCGGCCCGACUCGGGCCUCUUGAUCGACUUCGCGCACUUCAAGCCCGGCGGCAAGCGCAAGCGCUGGUCCGACGCAGAGAGCUCGUGCAGCUCCUCCUUCGACACCCAGGGCGGACACCUCGCGCGGAUCGCAAAUGAAGACGAGCAGGCGCUCGUGCAGCGGCUCUGCACAAAGCAGGACUCGGGGGAGCGCGGCUGCUGGAUCGGCUUCACGGACCCGGCAAACGAGACGGUCUGGGCGUGGAGCGACGGCGAUGAUCCGCAGUGGCCGACUACCUACACGAACUGGGCGCCGGGCGAGCCCAACGGCGGCCUGACCGAGUCCACCGACGCGGCGAGCAUGUACGCCGCAGGCCCCAACGUUGGCAAGUGGAAGGACACGUGGGCCGAGCCCCCGCAGAAGCGGCACUACGUCUGCCGCGUGGACGAGCGCAAGCCGCACGUCUUUGGCUCGGCCGCCUUCGGGCCGUCGCUGCCGACGACGCCGCUCCUCACCGCCCUCGUCCUCGCGGAUCCGCCCACCGCCUGCGAGCCGAUCAAGCUGACGCGAGGACCGUCCGGGGAGCCCGUCAAGGCUCCGCUCAACAAGACUAAGAUGACGGUCCUCAUCAAGCGCGGCGACUGCGACUUUGUGGUCAAGGCGCGCAACGCGCAGGCGGCUGGCGCGUCCGCCGCCCUCAUCUACGACUGGGUGUCGGGCCCCAUCCUGACGAUGAUUGCGGGCGACAACGACGCGAGCGACAUCGACAUUCCGUCCAUCAUCAUCACCAAGGAGAGGGGCACCGAUCUCGCCACGAGGCUCAAGAACUACAUCAACUCCCGGCUGUACGCCACGCUCCGGCUGCCGCUCGAGCGCGACGUGGCGCUCUCGGCCGGCAUCCCGCUGCAGGGGCAUCUCGAGCCGCAGGGCUACACGCUGCACCGGCUGACCGUCUCGCACGCGUCACGCAUCCUCAUCUCGGUGUCGGCCAGCUCCGCCACCGGCGACAUCGACCUCUACGUCUCGUCGGAUGGCACGCCGCCCACCACGACCCACUACGGCUGGGCGGCGAGCGCGCUCGGCGCCGACUUCCUCGAGCUGCGGCCCGACGAGGAGGGGUACGUCGGCGGCGACGCCACGCCGGGCACCUACAUCAUCGGCGCCUACAACGCCGGCGGGGACGAGGCCACCUACACCAUCGUCGCCACCGUGGGGGGCACUCCCAUCCUCGCGCCGGCGGGCACGCCGCUCUAUGGGCGCGCCGCGCUCGGCGAGCCGAUGCUCUACCGCUACUUGCACGCGCCCGGCAAGAACGCGUCGGCGCUGCAGAUGGCCGUCGCCGCCCUCUCGGGCAACCCUGACUUGUGCGUCUCGCGCAAGGCGAGCGCGAUGGAGAAGCUGCCGCUCCUCUCUGGCGCGACCGACGUGGCUGCGCGCGAGGCGGCCCAGAAGGAGACCGAGGCGUUCCGCGCCGCCAUCGCGGAGCACUGCACCUGGCACCGCGCGCUCGACGGUGUCGGCACGCUCACCGUGCGGCACGACGAGCCCGAGGGCGGGCCGGGCUGGUACUACGCCGCCGUCUUCACCGACGACGCCUCGGCCCAGUUCACCUUCACCGCGCGCGUGGUGGACGGCAAGGCUGUCCCGCUCGAGCCGAACCAGCCGGCCUCUGGCGGCGCGCCGACGGGCGGGUGGUCGUACUACGCGCUCAACCUGGGCGACGACUCCGGCCGCCCCGUGGAGGAGGUGAGCCUCGUCCUCUCCGCCACGCUGGGCGAGCCGGACCUCUUCGUCUCGUUCAAGUACCCUUGGGACCUCUUCGGCGAGAAGCUGCCCGGCCGAGCCGACGCGGAGCACGACGCGGCCAAAGUCGGCGAGCAGGGGGCGUACUCCCUCACGCUGCUCGCCUCGGACCUCGGCACCGCGACGAGGCUGCUCAUCGGCGUCCAGGCCGAGGGCACGCCGUGCGCGUUCUCGCUGGCAGCGACGGUGACGCGAAGGGCGGCCAAGGGCGAGGGCUCCGGCGGCUCUUGGGGCUUCCCGCCGGCCUCCCCGCCGCCUCCGUCGCUGGAGCCGGUUCUUCGUCUGCUGCCGGCGACGCCAAUGGUAAUGGACGUGAGCGACGCCGGCGUCAAGAACUUUGAGUACGUGGUGCCCUCGCCGUCCACGGACCUCGAGCUCGUCGUCACGCCGCUCGGGGGCGAGUGGGAGUCCGACCGGCCGCCGCAGAGCCUGCUCCCUCCCAAGCUGCUCGCCGUCACCGGCGACCCGAACGAGGGGCGCGCGACGCCCGCCCACCACGACUUCCCUCCACAACGAACCCUCGAGAGCAGCACCGUCCGCGACGCCAGCGAGCGCAACGUCGACGCCCGCGGCUCGUGGACGUACAAGCUGGUGCAGUCCAGCAAGCGGUGCCGGGCGGCCCACACCGACCUCGGCACCGCAAGCUCGGCGCAGGACUGCGCCGCAAAGUGCCGCGCGUCUGCGGACGGCUGCGCGUACUUCACGUACGGGCACCGCGGUGGGAACUGCCACGCCGAGCACACCACCUCCUCCGCCUGCCCCGAGGGGCUCGAGCGGGCGGACAACCUCGAGCUGUACGCUCUCUUCCCGCCGUGGGACGAGGCCACCUCGCUCCGGAUCGCGGCGCAGGACGCGGCGCCCGCCUCGUGCGCCGCCGCCUCGGGGGGCGCGGGCUGCGUGCUGCACGCGGCGGUCAUCUGCGACGCGCCGCCAUGCCACUUCUCGGUCGUUGCCGCCCCGGCCGACCAGCCGAUCAAGCUGGUCGGCCAGGCGCAGCGGCGCGUGCGGCUUGCCAACGAGUGGGCCUACUUCUCCGUGCACGUGGGACAAGACGCGACGAACGUGGUCCUGACGAUGCGCGUGGAGAGCGGCUCGCCCUCGCUCUGCGUCGUCGAGACGGUCGACACGGCCGACGACAGCUCCCCCGACUGGGAGGACUCGGGCAACUGGGAGGACGGCGCCUGUCCGCAGGCCCACCCCGCGAGGGCGGCGGACCCAAAGCUCGUGCUCCAGCAGUCGGAGGUGGCGGCGGACGCGUGGCUCAAGCGCAGCGAUGGCGACGGCUCCUUCUUCACGCUCGAGCUCCGCCCGUCGGACAAGCGCUGGUGCACCAGCUGCUCCAUCCUCCUCGCCGCCGCCUCGCCCGAGGCCGCGAGCACCUUCACCCUCACCGCCGCCAUCGGCGGCGUCAGCCCGGCGGGCGGAGGGGGGCGUGGCGGCGGCGGCAGGGCAAGGGGGGGGGGGGGGAGGUGCGUCGGACACCGCGGCUGUCGAGCCCGCGGGCGUGGCGAGUCAGGCGGCGAGUCAUCGCCGAUGGGGGAGAAGGGCCCCUUGGACGGCGUGCCGGGCAUGCACGGCGUCUGCGCGGACCCUCCCCCCGUGGGCAUGCGGGCGGGGCAGCGGACAGGGCGAGGACACACCUCUGGCGGCGUCGCACUUCCCGAUUCGCAGAGCAGGUUCGGAUGA